UGUGGGGGGCUCCCCGGUGGCGCAGCGGUUGAGCACUGGGUUGCAAAGCUGCCCGAAGCCUCCGCGGCACCGGUUCAAUCCACCUGGCAGGACCAUGGCUACUUAGCAACCUACAUAAACAAAAAUGGCAGCUUUGCCAACUUGAGAAUAUACCCACAUGGAUUGGUGUUGCUGGACCUUCAGAGCUACGAGGGUGACACGCAAGGCAAAGAAGAAGUUGAAAGUCUUUUGAACAGAGUAGAAGAAAGAAUGAAAGAACUGAGUCAGGACAUUGCUGGCCAAGUGAAGCGAUUGCCACCCAUAGUUCGUGGAGGGGCUAUAGACAGAUACUGGCCCACUGCUGAAGGCCGCCUGGUUGAGUAUGACAUAGACGAAGUGGUAUAUGAUGAAGACUCACCAUAUCAGAACAUCAAAAUCCUGCACUCGAAGCAAUUUGGGAAUAUUCUCAUCCUUAGUGGGGAUGUCAAUUUGGCAGAGAGUGAUUUGGCGUAUACACAGGCCAUCAUGGGCAGUGGCAAAGAAGAUUACACUGGCAAAGACGUUCUGAUUCUGGGAGGUGGAGAUGGGGGCAUAUUAUGUGAAAUAGUCAAACUGAAACCAAAGAUGGUCACGAUGGUAGAGAUUGACCAAAUGGUGAUUGAUGGAUGUAAGAAAUACAUGCGAAAAACGUGUGGUGACGUCUUAGACAAUCUUAAAGGAGACUGCUAUCAGGUUCUAAUAGAAGACUGUAUUCCAGUACUGAAGAGGUACGCCAAAGAAGGGAGGGAGUUUGACUAUGUGAUUAAUGAUUUGACUGCUGUUCCGAUCUCCACAUCUCCAGAAGAAGAUUCCACAUGGGAAUUUCUCAGACUGAUUCUUGACCUCUCAAUGAAAGUACUGAAACAGGAUGGGAAAUAUUUUACACAGGGGAACUGUGUCAAUUUGACUGAAGCCCUGUCGCUCUAUGAAGAACAGCUCGGACACCUGUAUUGUCCUGUGGAAUUCUCAAAGGAAACCGUCUGUGUCCCUUCAUACUUGGAAUUGUGGGUUUUCUACACUGUUUGGAAGAAGGCUAAACCUUGAAGGUCGGCUCGCUCUGAUCACGCGUGCUGCAGACGGUCCUCCUGACCUUCACACGCUAUACAUGACAUCGAAACAAGUCAGGCAAUUGAUUGUGAAUUCCUUCCAGUUUUCUUUUUUUAAUUAUUAUUUUUAAUUUAAAAAAAGCGAAUGGAAAAUGUAUAUUUUGAUGAGCUAGGGUGUUAUUUUUUGAAAGUCAGCUGAAGGAUGAUUAGACACCACAGCGAAAGCUGCUAAAUGCACUGAAACCCUAGAAUGUGAUUUUUGUUACUUUUUUUUUUCUGUGUGGGCCUCUUUUUUUUUUUUUUGUUCAUUUGUUUGGUAGCCUUUCAAUUUGCUUGUUUGGAGGAAUGGACAUCAUUGUUUUUAUUCUGGAGGGAAGUUCUUGUUGGUGUUUCUUUUCCCAAAAAUUGACUUAAAGAUUAAAAUUUGGUGCUUACAAGAAAGUUAAAAAAAAAAGAGAAUACCAAUGAAUCAAUUAAAAUCACAAAAGAAAAA